AUGUCGUUCCAAUUCCCCGUGGCGAGUGGCAAACAGAAGAAAGUACAAGUAUUUGAGUGUCCUCAAGAGACGUGGAAAGAGCGUAGACCUCGUAUUACAAACUACAAAGUUAAAGACAAUGAACCCGAGCUGACGUUAAAGCAAGAGAUACGGAAAGAAUUCGACGAUACGUUUGGUUCGGUAGUGGAGUUCAGUACUUUGAAUUUGAAGGGGAAAGAAAAGAAGGCAAUUGAAGCCAAGAAGAUUGAAGCACUUGGUGGAAAAAUUGCCAUGAAUCGUAAAGUACCGUAUAAAGUGCUUAUUGGAAUGAGGACGAAGGGUGUGGCUCGGAAACAACGACGUGAAGAGUUGAUGAAGGAGUCGGAUGUGGUGACGGGAAAGCGGAAAUCAAGUAGCAAGUUGAGAGACCAGCAGAAGCGCAAGAAGACUGACUAUGGCUUGCAGGCUACUAAGGGACGGUUCAAACGGGGCGUGUUAGAUGUGCGUAGUCUGUAA